AUGCGCCCACUUACUCGGCUUCGACCACACCUUUACACAAGGCCUGUGGUCAAUAGAGCUUUACAGCUCCAUUCUUCAAGGCCACAAUGGCUAUCUACAUCAGCGAUCCGUCGCUGCUCCUGCGGUGAUGCUGCCAACAAUGUCGAACCCUCCAUACCUCCCAAUGACCACCGAGCUCUCGGAACAACACAAGAGCUAUUCACUUCUUCGAUCUACAGUCCCGGCUCGCCGCUUUUUCUCCCAAAUGGUACCCACGUUAUCAAUAAGCUCAUUGGCUUCCUCCGCACCCAAUACCUACAGUACGGGUUUCGUGAGGUCCUCACGCCGAGCAUCUACAAGCGAUCGCUGUGGGAGGUAUCGGGUCACUGGCAGAACUACAAAGAUGAUAUGUACGAAGUGACUGGACGUGGCGCGACUGGAGACACUGAAGGCGAAGUGGGCGAAGACGAGUCCUACGGUCUGAAACCCAUGAAUUGCCCCGGUCACUGCCUACUCUUUAAAUCUCAAAACCACUCCUACCGAGAACUACCCGUGCGCUACGCCGAUUUCAGUCCCCUCCACCGCAAUGAAGUCUCCGGCUCGUUAACCGGUCUCACGCGCGUUCGUCGGUUCCACCAGGAUGAUGGUCAUAUUUUCUGCCGACCGCAGCAGAUCAAAUCGGAAAUUGCGUCGGCAUUGGGAUUCGUCGAUAUGGCGAUGAAGACUUUCGGACUGGGUCCAUACCGAUUGGUACUGUCGACGCGACCUGAAACGGAUUAUAUCGGGACUUUGGAGAUGUGGGAUAAUGCCGAGAACCAAUUGCGCCAGGCGUUGGAUAGUACAGGGCGAGAGUGGGCGUUGAACGAAGGGGAUGGGGCAUUCUACGGGCCUAAAAUCGAUAUCCAGCUUCAAGACCAAGCGGGCAAAUAUCAUCAGCUAUCAACUAUUCAGCUGGAUAUGAAUCUGCCCCAGCGGUUUGGGCUCGAGUACCAAGUUGCGGAAGGAGAAGAAGACUAUAACCCUGCUACUCCCGGUGUCGCAACGCCCGUUCUGGUACAUCGGGCUAUCUUCGGCUCACUGGAGCGGUUCCUAGCGUUGCUCAUCGAGCAGCAUGGAGGUCAUUGGCCAUUCUGGUUAUCUCCCCGGCAGGGAAUUAUCCUGACAGUUAACCAGGAUGAGGCCGUAGUACGCCGAGCCCAAGAAGCGGCAGCGAAGUUCUCCGGGUUCAAGGUACUACAGAAUGAUGGAACUGCUCAACCACCUCGUCCGCUCUCAUCGGUCGAUUCCACUUUCCUGAUGGAUGUUGAUACCAGUGCUCAGACACUGGGCAAGAAGAUUCAACGCGCUAAGCAGAUGAAGUAUAACUUAAUUUUCAUUUUGGGUUCGCGCGAUCUGGCUGACGGAGGUAUUACGGUUGAUGUCACUGGGCAAAUGCAGAGUAAGACCGAUGCGGAUGCCCAGCAAUUCCAAGCUCUGAUCCAGUCCCAACUGGGCGAAAAUGCGCUGCAGAACCCUCGAGCUGUAAAGCUUAAGCUGGAUGAGGUGCAUCCCUUAUUGGUUCAAUUUGAGAAGAAUUUCCUGUAA